GGAGAAAGAAAGGCACAGUGCCACCUGAACUGCGUGGAGGGAAAGGUUUCCUUUACUGUUGCCUGUUGUCUCUACAAGUGCCUGACCAGCCAAACCAGGAACCAUGCCCACUGACGCCCAAACUGACGCCCGCUCCUUCCUGACAGAGGAGAUGAUUUCAGAGUUCAAGGCCGCCUUCGACAUGUUCGACACAGAUGGUGGCGGUGACAUCAGCACCAAGGAGCUGGGCACCGUGAUGAGGAUGCUGGGCCAGAACCCAUCUAGAGAGGAGCUGGAUGCCAUCAUUGAGGAGGUGGAUGAAGACGGCAGCGGUACUAUCGACUUUGAGGAGUUCCUGGUCAUGAUGGUGCAGCAGCUAAAGGAGGACCAGGCCGGAAAGAGCGAAGAGGAGCUUUCGGAAUGUUUCCGCAUUUUCGACAAGAACGGAGACGGCUUCAUUGACCGGGAAGAAUUUGGAGACAUCCUCCACAUGACUGGAGAGCAGGUCGCAGAGGAAGACAUUGAUGAAAUGUUUGGCGAAUCAGACUCGAACAAAGACGGAAAAAUUGAUUUUGAUGAGUUUCUCAAGAUGAUGGAGAAUGUCCAGUGAUGAGCCCAGCUCUACAUUCCUUCCUCAGAAAUCAAAUAAACCCCUCUGAGAAGAAACUAAAUGCUACAAAUAUGAAUGGUUGACAAAAUGUACAAACCUAGUUGAAUUAAACAUCUCCAUGCCUCUCCCCCUCA